UCGUAAAAUGGACCGUCUCAUUUCCCUUUGCGUCCAGGGUAUGGUGAGCUCCCUAAUGUUCAUGAUUGAAAUGUCCCACCACAGCGAUGAUCAGCUCUUGCAGGCUGGAAGCGAUUCCUUCUGGGAGCCCGGCAACUACAAACGCACCACCAAGCGCAUUGAGGAUGGCUACAAACUCUGCAAUGACCUACAGCAACUGAUUCAGGAGCGAGCCGACAUCGAAAAGGGAUAUGCAAAAAGCUUGCGCACCUGGUCAAAGAAAUGGGGUGACUUCAUUGAGAAAGGGCCGGAAUACGGCACCACCGAGGCGGCCUGGAAGGGCGUGCUGACGGAGUCUGAGCGCGUCUGCGAUGUGCACAUGAAGAUCAAGGACAGCCUGUGCAACGAUGUCAACAGCUCGAUCAAGACGUGGCAGAAGGAGAACUACCAUCACACGCUCAUGCAGAUCAAGGAGCGCAAGGAUAUGGAGGAUAUGUUCAAGAAGGCCCAGAAACCGUGGGCCAAGCUGCUGGCCAAGGUCGAGAAGGCCAAGGCCGACUAUCACUCGGCCUGCAAGACAGAGCGCAGCGCAACGAACCAAGAGCGCAAUGCCAAUGCCGACAGUUCGCUCUCUCCCGAUCAGGUGAAGAAAAUGCACGAUCGCGUGCAAAAGACCAAAGAUCAAGUGCAAAAGUGCCGCGAGAAGUACGAGCAAGCCAUUUCCGAAAUCACCAAAUACAAUUCGGUUUACAUUGAGGACAUGACAUCUGUGUAUGAAAAGUGCCAAACCAUGGAGAAGACGCGGCUGCAGUUCUUCAAGGACAUACUGUUCAAUGUGCACUCGAGUCUGGAUCUCACCAAAGUGCAAAGCCUGCCCCAAAUCUAUGACGAAUUCUAUCAUACGAUCAACAAUGCGGACCAGCAGAAGGAUCUGAAGUGGUGGUCAAACAAUCAUGGUAUUAACAUGGCCAUGAACUGGCCAAUCUUUGUGGAAUACACGGAGGAGUUCCGCGACAUUGCCAAGGGCAACAAAUCAAAAGAGGCACUGCCGGCAGCACCCAUAACGCUCAUUAAUCAGCGACCUGUCGCCGAGGAGGGCAUCCACGAAUACCACUCCACAAAUAGUCUCAAGAAGAGCAACAGCGCCGGAGGCAGCGCAAGCAGCAGAGCGAGCGGCAAGAGCGAACAAGCGGCAACGCCAUCUUCUGCCACAACAACCGAAACCAGAACGUCAGCGGCGGCAACCGCCGGCUCGACGACAGCGGCAGCGGCAGCGACAGCAACGGUAACAGCGGCGUCAGCGGGAGCGGGAGCGGUAGCGGUAGCACCGAAUCGCAAUCCGAGCGUAACCAAUGGCAACGGCAAAGUCGAUUCCAAUCCAUUCGACGAGGAGGAGGAGUGGGAUGAGGCCGACAACGUGCUGGUCGACAACGGUGAGCCGGGCGUGCCAGUCAAAGCGCUGUACGAUUACGAGGGGGCUGAAAGUGAUGAGCUCACAUUCAAACAAGGUGAUGUUUUUGAAAAGCUCGAAGAUGAGGACGAGCAGGGCUGGUGUAAGGGACGCAUGAAUGGGCGCGUUGGCUUAUAUCCGGCCAACUAUGUGGAACUCUGUUCCGCGUAAGCGGAGAACUCUGGCAGCAGAUGGGCAGCAGCAGCAGCAGCCGAAGUCGUUAAACAGAUAUAUGAAUUCAUAUACUUACGUAUAUAUAUAUAUAUAUAUAGAAAUAAACCGAGGUUAGAGACGCAUUACGGAAUAAUGCUUAUACAGUAAAA